AUGACCGACCUUACGAAAUUACUGAGCGACAGCGCCGUGUCGGCUCAACAGGCUGCUGAAAAGCUCGCGGGCCCUUGUCUAGAGGCUAUCAAGAAGAAUGAAGACGCUUCAAAGAUUGAGGGGGAAUUCGACGGUCUUUGGUCUUCGGUGCUCUCCGCUGCCGAGCAGACCCCCCACGACAAGCAAGGGAAGCUAGUGGAAACCUUGCAUGCGAUAAAGAGCAUUCCGCAAUCUGCAGAGACAGCCAAGAAGGUUGUCGUUUGGGGUGAGGAGAAGCGCUGGGAUGAGCUACCCAUGUUUGGGGGCAAGGCACGCGAGCAGCUAGACAUCGCACAAGAAAAGUCCGAUGAAGCUUUUGUCAAUAUCAACGGCUUCUUUGCGCGCGCAACUGCUGCUGGGGUUGAUGACCUUAGCCUCUUCGCCAUUUGGACCUUACGCGAAGCGCUUGAAGACCCUGCUGCUGAUAAGAUCUCGGAGACGUCGCCCAAACUAUUGAAGGCCUCUUCUGUCUGGUUUAUUUACGCCGCCGAUGCUCUUGCAAAGGCAAGCAAGGAUGGAAAGCAGUUUGACGGCAAAGUCGCCAAACCGGGUGCUAGCCUGACGGAGUUCAAGGACGAGGCCGGAUGGAGGGGCUUCAACAAUGACAGGUGGAAGGUCUGGCAAAACCGGUUCUCAACUCUGAAAGAAGCAGAUAUCCCGCAGGAUUCUAAGUCCUUGCUAUCAAUCAAGUAUUACUCUCCCUGA